AUGGAUCACGCUUUUUCAAUAGCUUCACUGUUAGAUAGUGAUGAAACAAAAUUAUUGAGCAAUUCAAAUAAUACAAAUAAUAAUGACCACAUUUAUGAAAAUGCUCAAAAAGCUGUAGUUAAUAACUCAAAUUGUACAAUACAUAGUGAAAACAAUAAUACACUUAAUCUAUUUCUACAAAAUAAUAAUUCUUUUCAGAUAAAUGCAUUACGCACAACAAUGGUUUCUAAAAUAAAUUUACCCUUUGGUAUGACAGAAUCUACAAAAUCCGUAGAUGAGUCAAUUCUCUGUCCUAAAUUACACCAUGAUAUUUUCACUGAUUUAAAAAAAUCAUCCGAAUCCAUUCAAAGACAAGAGAUUGACGAGAAUGAUCAAACUCCAUUAGAACAGAAACAUCAGGAUAAUUAUGAUACAGAAAACCAUUCAGCAUUGGAACAAAUCGAUUGGACAUUUAACGAACAUUGCCGAAAUAAGGAUGAAUCAAAUCUUAACAAAACCAACAACAAUCAUACCUAUAAUUCGGAUUAUUCUGUGUAUACAAACAACAAUAUAGGCUCAUUACUCAAUCAUAUCAACAAGAUGAGAAAUGAGCAUAACAAUAACAAAACAGCCGAUAUUAUUUCUACAGCUGCCAGUCAUACAAUUGAUAAUUUUACUAAAACAUUCAUCAAAAAAUGGUCUACAAAUGAUGUGCAAUUAAAUUUAGUCACAAAAUCACUUUAUGAUCAUUCGAAUAAAUCUGAUACAAAUCAUAAUGAUGAUAAAAAUAGUUUUAAUACAAAGAAAUUUCAUAAAAAUUUAGCAAACAUGAAAACAUUUAGUUCUGAAGGCUAUAAUGAGGAUUUAUCUAACAAAAAUUUAAAUGCUAAUCAAAUACUACAAUCACAAAUACACUGGUAUAAUUCGAAUAUUAUUAAACGGUAUUUCGAAGGUCAUGCUGUUUCACUUGGACUGUCAUCAAAUUUUCUAAUUGGUAAAACACGUCGUCCUAGAACCGCAUUUACUAGUCAACAAUUAUUGGAAUUAGAACAACAAUUUCUAUCGAAUAAAUAUUUGUCAAGACCGAAACGAUUCGAAGUGGCUACUUCGCUUGGCUUGACAGAAACUCAAGUUAAAAUAUGGUUUCAAAAUAGACGUAUGAAAUGGAAACGUUCUCAAAGACCAGGAGAAGACAGCGAGUCGCCAUCUCCAAAUUUAACAGAAACAAAAACUGAUGAAAUUCACUCGGAAUACGGCGAUUAUUUCAUAUCAUCGAGUUUGACCGACAAGAAUGAUGCAAAAGAUCAAAUAAAAGUAAAUAAUAGUAAAGUAAUAAAACUCGCUCAUCGAUGUUCAGCACCAAGAUAA